CAAUAGCGUAUACUGAAGUGUUUACGCACUAUUGGUGAAGAUGGUUAUAGGGGAGUUGUUGUACUUAGGUAUAUGAGGCCUCAUAUUAAUUGGUUACAGCGACCGUGUACAUAUGUGCCUGUGCCAAAUGACUUAUACUUCAAACACGUAGCUAUUUUAACCUGAAAAAAGCACGAGCUGACACAACGAUAUCACAGAAUGUUGCGAAACAUGCUCUCUGCAAAUCGGUCUUUGGCGUUUCGUGUUGUAACUGCCUCCCAACAUAUAUUCGGCGUUCAGAAACAGAUGCACAAAGGGCAAAGCCGGGCUUAUUUUUACGGGUUUACGGAAACUCACCAGAUGAUCAAGAACACGUGUCGGGAGUUCGCCGAAAAAGAACUAAAACCUAUUGCAGGAAAAUUGGACGCAGAUGAAACCUUCCCAAGAGAGCAGGUCAAGAAGCUCGGAGAGCUCGGGAUGCUUUCGAUGGUUGCGCCGACGGAAUUCGGUGGGGCCGAAUUAGACACGUUAUCUUACGCUAUUGGAAUGGAAGAAAUUUCACGUGGUUGCGCCUCGACAGGGGUCAUAAUGAGUGUAAACAACUCGCUCUAUAUUGCUGGCGUUCUUAAGUUUGGGACUCAGGAACAAAAAAAAAAAUGGAUCACACCGUUUACCAAUGGCGAUCGUGUCGGCUGUUUCGCUCUCUCUGAACCCGGCAAUGGAUCAGACGCAGGAGCAGCGUCAACUACCGCUAAACACGAAGGUGGCAAAGUUAUUCUGAACGGUACCAAGGCAUGGAUUACGAAUGCCCAUGAAGCAGAAGCUUCCAUUGUGUUUGCUACAUUUGACAAGACGAAAAAAAACCGCGGAAUCAACGCCUAUCUAAUUCCCAUGCCAAUCGAUGGCCUUUCGAGGCCGAAGAAAGAGGAUAAGCUUGGCAUUCGAGCGUCAUCUACGGGACCUCUGAUCUUCGAGGAUGUUGUUAUCCCGGAAGAAAACCAACUUGGCAAGGACGGCGAAGGAUUCAAGAUUGCCAUGACGAUUUUGGACGGUGGCCGAAUUGGCAUUGCAGGUCAGGCGUUGGGCAUUGCCCAGGCUGCCCUUGACUGCGCAAUCGAGUACACCGGCAAACGUGAAUCUUUCAACAAGCCAAUACACACCUUCCAGGCGAUUCAGUUCAAGUUAGCUGAUAUGGAAAUGCGACUGCAAUCCGCCCGCUUGCUUACAUAUCAAGCAUGCUUUCUCAAGGAUCAGGGGAAAAGGUUUACGAAAGAGGCGGCUAUGGCCAAAUGCGCUGCUUCGGAAGCAGCCACCUUCUGCGCUCAUCAAGCAAUUCAAAUCCUUGGUGGAAUGGGUUACGUCAAAGAUAUGCCGGCCGAGAGACACUAUCGAGAUGCUCGUAUCACUGAGAUUUACGAAGGAACUAGUGAAGUACAGCGUAUCGUGAUUGCAUCAAAUCUCCUAAAAGAACAUGGCAUUCUCUAAACACCACUAUUAGUAAUAAUUCAUUACCGUUCGUGGAAGCAUAUCAACAUAACUGACCAAUACGAGCUCAUGUUCGUUCAAAUUCGCACAUGCAUGAAGGUGCCUUAUAUGCGUAUAGGCUCGCUAGAAAAUGCGUUUUUCAAGUCUAUUAGUGUAUACGUUAGUUUGCCGUGUAGCAGAUAUGUGCAAAUAACAGCAAUUAAAGAUGCAAAAAAAAACGUACAUGACGAAUAUUUUAUUUAAAAAGAUCUUCUAAUGAUUAAUAAAAAACUGAUUUUUAUAGAAACUUCUGAAUAUUUGUCAACUAAUUUUAACUAUAUUAAUGUUAUGGCUGCAACGACCUUUCGGACGAAGUAAAAAUGUAGAGCUAGAAACCAAACAUGACAAAUGCCAGUGAAGACUCCGCAUUUGACGCUCAUUAUGAGUUAAACCUUAAUGUUCCAUUUAGCUCGGUGACGGCAUUCACCCGUAUUUGAAAUAUGUAAUACUGGGGUCAGAAACAGCGGGUUCAUUUAGUCUUCUCAUUUAUAGCCAUUCUGAAAAACGAGUCAUUCUUAAUAUUUUCAUAAUAAAUAGAUAUUUUCCCACG